AUGCUUGAAUUACAGACUAGAUGCAUUGAAAGAGCUAAGCCUUUUCUAGCUGUGAUCUUCAUACAAUUUGGUUACGCAGGAAUGGAUUUACUUACAAAGGUUGCCCUCAAUGAAGGAAUGAGCAAUUAUGUAUUCGUUGUUUAUCGACACGCCAUUGCCACCUUCCUCUUUGCACCAUUUGCCUUUUUCAAGGAAAAGGAUGUGAGGCCAAAUAUGACUUUCUCCAUCUUUACCAAACUCAUUUCACUCAGCUUACUCGAGCCUGUGAUUGAUCAGAACCUUUACUUUCUUGGGAUGAAAUAUACAACAGCAACAUUUGCAUCUUCCAUGUUUAAUAUUCUUCCUGCUAUAACCUUUGUAAUGGCCUGCAUCUUCAGGCUUGAGAAUGUGAGAAUGAAUAGUAUUCAUAGCCAAGCAAAGAUAAUUGGGACAAUAACCACUAUUUCUGGAGCGAUGCUAAUGACUCUAAUGAAAGGCCCCAUCAUUCCCCUUCCAUGGACAAAUGGAAGAACAACAAGAACAAUAAUAAGCAAUCAUCAUGGAAUGGUCACGAAUAGCAUAAAUCUUGGUCAUUCAAUCAAGGGAUCCAUUAUGGUAUUCGUCGGUUGCCUUAGCUCUGCUGGCUUCAUCAUUCUACAAGCAAUGACAGUGAAGGCUUAUCCUGCUGAACUUUCUCUUACAGCUUGGAUAUGUUUCCUUGGAACACUUAAUGGAGCAAUUGUAGCAGCUGUGAUGGAAAGAGGCAACCCAUCUGCUUGGUCUAUAGGCUACGACUAUAAGCUCUUGACUACUCUUUACACUGGAAUCGUGUGCACAGGUUUGAUUUAUUACAUCCAAGGAAUGGUAAUGAAAGAAAGAGGACCUGUUUUUGUGACUGCCUUCAGUCCUCUUAGUAUGGUAAUUGUGGCCACUUUGAGCUCUUUUAUUUUACUUGAGAAAAUGUAUCUCGGAAGAGUAAUUGGUGCGAUAAUCAUAGCCACUGGGCUCUAUGUUGUUGUUUGGGGUAAGAGCCAAGAUUACAACAAAGACUCUUCUGAUGAUGAUGAAUUAGACAGAAAUAUUCAAACUAAUUUAGGAGCUAAGUUGCAGAUAAUAAUGCCUUCAACCGAUGAUUAA